AAUGAAAUAGACUAUAUUUUGACCCGCGCGCGCGCGACCGACGACAGGCAUUGAAACGAUCUUGGCAACUGAAAUGAAAUCAAAUAAUUCACCGGAAAAGGGGCCUGAAAAAAAUUCUAACGCAAACAGGAUUCGAUAAUAGUUGGGCCACCACCAACUGAGCAGUGGGUCUUGUCUUCCGAGGCCAAGCGAGGCGCUCAUGUUAUAUUGUUCUUUUACGUAUGAUGCACGAUGAACGGAGCAACUUCAGAAUACCCGUCCACAUCAUUUACAUCUUGUAUCUUAUUGUUCUUAUGUUAAUCGGAUGAUAGUUAUCAUUGGUUGUGGAAGCCGAAAUUACGAGGGAAAAGUUAUGUUCGCGGGAUUUUUAUUUUAUCCAGACUGAAGAGCUAUUAAAGUGCUAAGAACUUCUUAGAAGGAUCUGGCGAGAGAGGUUAACAAGUUGGGCCCAGACAGACGAUUUAAUCAAUCACUUUACCGGCGAUCGUCCAAACCGGGAGACGAACCGGUGGGUAUUUGUGCUAAUCGAUCGACGGACGCAUUCGUGUGAGGCACAAAUGUAUUCCUCUGUGUAAACUCGAAUCGAAAUGAAAGAAGACGUUGAAGACGAUUUUAAUGAAACCAAACUACUUCCGACUGAUGCAGACCAAAGUAUUUCAACCGCGGAAACCGCAGCAUGUGCGCCAGUUAAUUCUGAGUUCCCUUCGGCUAAAGAUGCAGAAAUCACAGAGAAAGAUGGACGAUGGGCUUGGGUUGUUUGUGGUGCGGCAUUCUGUGACUUGUUCGUGGUUUUGGGAAUGCACUACACUGUAGGAGUCCUAUAUGCUGCUUUACUCGACCAUUUCAAGGAGUCCAAAGCUAAGACAGCAUGGGUAGGUUCCAUCGCUCAGUUUUCCUUAUUCUUCUUCUGUUAUCCGGGAAGCCUUCUCAGUGAGCGUUACGGAUGUAGACGAGUUGUUAUUGUUGGAGGAAUACUUACCAGCAUUGGACUUCUGCUAUCAUCAUUCGCCACAACUUUAAAUCAAAUUUACUUCACUCACGGGGUAAUUGUGGGAUUUGGUACGAGUAUCAGCUAUCUCCCUGCGCUCGUAAUGGUGGCCUACUAUUUCGACAAGAAACGCUCUUUUGCUACAGGAAUAGCAACGUCUGGAAGCAAUUUAGGAGCACUUGGUCUUGCUCCACUUCAGCAAGCAAUCGUAGAUGCAUUCGGAUGGAGGAAGUGCUAUCGUUUUCUGAGUGGGCUCGCUCUGGUUAUAACUGUCUGUGGGCUUUUGUUCAAGCCUUUGGACGAGAAAAAGAGUGGAAAGGACAGGCUUACGAAAAGCUCAGAAGUGAUAUUCGAGAAAUCUUCAAAGAAGAAAGUUUUAAACUUUCCGAAAAAUAAAUGGUUUAUUAUCUGGGCUGUAGCGUCUACCAUAGCAACGUUUGGAUAUUUUAUUCCACAUGUUCAUUUGGUUCGCGUCGCUGAAGAGAUGGGCUCCUCACAUCGGGAUGGUUCGCUCUUGCUUUCUUACAUCGGAAUUGGUUCGGGUGUCGGAAAGAUUAUCUUCGGGAAAAUCUCGGACAUUCCUUGUGUGGACACCCUAAAGUUAUACAAUAUCUGCAUGGUUCUUUCCGGAGUUUCUCCUCUUCUUGCUAUCUAUGCAGCGGGAUAUGGUAUGCUCGUAUUAUAUGUAGUUGUCCUUGGACUGCUGGAUGGUUGUUUCAUCGGGCUUAUGUCCAUUGUAACGUUUGAAUGCACGGACCGUAAAAUGAUGUCAGUAGCCUGGGGAGCUGUGUUGAUGAUUAUGUCGUUUUCUAUGCUGCUUGGUGCCCCAGCGGCAGGAUGGUUCGGUGAUCUAACAGGCAACUAUCAGAAUUUAUUCUUCUUAGCCGGCGCUCCAACCGUUUGUGGAGCUGUCGUGUUUUCGCUUAUACAGUGCAUCAAAGAUCCUAUAAUUGAGAGCCAGCAGAAACGAGCGCUUGUUAUUCCUACGGAAGAAAAGGAAAUCAUUUUUGUGUACGAUAGGUUAACAGUAGUGUAACUUAAAAUAUUUCAGUCGUUCAAUAGAACAUAAUAAAACACUAGGGAAAUAGAUUAUGGGGAAAUGUAUCGUGGCAAAAAUCGACAGUGAGAAAAACCUCUUUAUUGUGAAUGAAUGACUGUGGAAAAAUAGAUCACGGGGAAAGUGGACUGUGAAGAACACGAACCGUUGGAAAAUGGUCCGCAGGAAAAGUGGAUAGCGUGGAAACUUAACCAUUUGUUUUGAAACAGGUGUCACUAUAGAUUUGUCAUGGCAGCGAAUUCGUCAGUUAUAUAUAUCGAUUGGUGAAGAAUAAUUUUUAAUAACUCGCCGAUUUGGUUGAGUUCCACUUUAGAAGACAGAUUUUUUUCCUGCGCAAUUUCUAGGUUCAUGGUUUUCUUGCCGCAGUCCAUUAAUUUCUUGAUUAUGUACAGGAAUUAAGCUGAAUAUUUUCUUAAAACAAAAAAGCGGCAUAUUGUUUGUAUGAUAUUGGUUCCAUGUCUCCCUUCUUCUUCUUCUUCUUCUUCUUCUUCUUCUUCUUCUUCUUCUUCUUCUUCUUCUUCUCCUUCUCCUUCUUCUUCUUCUUCUUCUUCUUCUUCUUCUUCUUCUUCUUCUGUGGGACAGAACUUUUUUGAAGGAAACAUUAACCCAAAAAUAGGGGUCUGAAUUUGUUAGGGAAUCAACAAGUAUGUAAAAGACUUGUAAUUAAUUGCCAACGUGUAUUUAAUUUGAUGAGAUUGGUUUGGCUACAUUUCAGUAUAGACCAAGUCAAAAAAAUCAUAUACCGAAAGAUAAUUCAAAAAUGUAUUUUAUGGGAAGAUUGUAUGAAAUAAACUAAGUUUUCCUUGGG